AUGGGCCUCUGGUACUUAGUGUUUCAGUGCGCAAUCAUCGCGGUGGUUGCACAAGAUAACAGUCUUCCGAUCAAUCGAAUAUAUGCUUUAGAAGCGGCCAUGACAUUAACCGAAUCACGAAUACUGGAGCGUAUAGAGCUGUUGGGUGAUAAAAUAAAUAAGUUUAACGAACGUGUCGAUGAGCUGAAGCGUGACAUUAGCAGCAUACAGCUCGGGCUAAGUGAACCGAAAGAUCAAACGAUUCCGUCUAAAACCAUCUCAUCUUCAUGCACGCAACGAAAAGCAGAUGAAAUGUUUAAUACAACACAACAACUGUUCCGGAAUCUUUCCGAUCAGUUACAACACCUUUCCACGUCAACCGAAAAACGGAUGAUCAAUCUAGAGCACCAGCUCGUAAGACUUCCCGAAGACACGGGCGUGUACUUCAUGCGGCCAAAUACAAAUUUCCUGCUAAACUUUACCGUAUCACGUGACUGGACGAAUAAUCAUGGCUUCGGCGGCAAUUGGAUCGUGUUCCAGCGACGGCAGAACGGAUCGCUUAACUUCUAUCGCAACUGGACCGAGUACCGGGAGGGCUUCGGCGAUGUACGCGGUGACCAUUGGUUAGGUUUGGACAAGCUGCACGCGAUCGUGAAGGUGCGUCAGCAUGAGCUGCUGAUCGUGCUGGAAGAUUUCGACGGUGUGAUUGCGUACGCCCAUUACGACGAUUUUAAAAUUGGAAAUGAAACUGAAAAGUAUGUAAUAAAAUCGGUCGGACGGUAUAAGGGUACGGCCGGUGAUUCGUUUUCUUCGCACAAGGAUGAACUGUUCUCUACGUACGAUCAGGAUAAUGACAAGCAUACGGCGAACUGUGCCGAGUGGACCAGUGGAGCUUGGUGGUUCUACAAGUGUCAUCAGUGUCAUUUGAAUGGGGAAUAUUUUACUGGAAAUCUUGACCGUCCAGCUGGUAUUAUGUGGUAUGGCUUUCGAGUCAAAAAAUCACUGAAGAGCUCCAGAAUGAUGGUACGACCAGCCGAGUGA